AUGGUCGGUUGCUGCACACUGUCAUGUGUGACGUGUUUCUCCCUCUACUUGUUUUGUUUUUGUUGCCCUCACGCGGUGCCGGCCUCAUUGCUGUGCGUCCCACGGACUGCACGAAAGGAGGAUUGGAGGAACAGGCCGGAUGCCGCAAUGAAAUGUGAAGGAAUGUUGUGUGGGCUGGUGGAACAAGACGAUCGUUUUUAUUUGCCUUUUUUUCUUGGUGAAGGCAUUAUUUAUACAGACACACACGCUUGUCUUGUGCUGCUUGGCACAUUAAAUAGAAUUGCUGCCCGAUUGAUUUUUUUAAAAGUUUUGGAAGUUCUGAUGGACUCCUAUCAUUUUUUUUUCUUUUUUUGUUUUUUCCGCUUUUUUAAGUUCUGGUUUGCGGGUCGGUGUGCGAGUUUUGCGGUUGUAAUGAUUCCAUCUGUCUCUUUUUUGGUGUGCGCUUCUUCUGGCUGCUGCCAUUUAUUACCAUGCGGUGGCUGUGCGUGGUGUAGCUGCUGUCUCUCUCUAAUUCCUUUCUCAUGCUCUUGCAGAUCGAAUCCACGUUAUUCAACAACGAAAGUUUUGAAGAUGAUGUGCCGUGUGUUUUGUGUCGUGUUGGUGCUGGCACUGCUGUGCUGCUGCUCGUGCGUGUUUGCCGUGGAGGAGGAGGAGCCGCAGGUAACGCAGGUGAAUGCAGUGUGUGCGGGUAAGGACAAACUUGCGCGCUGGCAACUCCGUGGGACGUCAUUGUGGUACAACUGCACGACUGCAGCUGCUGGUUUUGGGCAGAUGAUUUGCGGCAUGGGCGUCGGAAACUGUAAGCCCGAGGCUUCACAGAGUCGCACCAUAGAUGGUGUGAAGGAUGCUGUCAUCACGAUCAACGUCUCCACGUUUACUCCAGACAUCCUGAAGAGUUGGUGGGAGCGUAACGUUGAGCCGAAGGCGGUCACCGUUGCAAUUGGUGCAGCCAAACCUCCGGAGGGACCUCCGGGCCCUCCAGAAGACAAGAUUUCUCGUGAAACAUCUUCCACACCGGAUUCAGAAUCUCCUACUGCUGACGCUGCGAAUUCCGCUGGUGCCCCUUCACUGGCUGGAGCUCCGGGUGGCGCUGGUGAAAGUGUUCCGGCCACACGUCCGGGAGCAGGCACUCCGGCGGCUCGACAAGAGGAGGCUUCUCGUGACGCCUCCACAACAAAUUCAAAAUCUUCUCCUGCUGUCGUUGAGAAUUCCACGGAUGUCCCUCCUUCUUCUCUACCUGCAACUCCAGGCGGCGCUGGUGCUAACUCUGCUGCUGGCGCUGCGGCCACGACGGAUUCUUCUGCCGAGGCCUCGCGAGCACCGGAUUCCGCUCCCGCUGGUGAUCCUCAAGGCGCUGCACAUUCUACUUCUGCUGCUUCUGCUGCAUCCGAAUCCCCACCAGAUCCAAAGCCCACAGAAGGCAGCGACCACUCCUCCCAUGACCCUCCAGUGGAGCUGCGGGAAGAGACUGCUGCUGCGCCACCGACUCAGUUGUCCCAGACCGGCGAGGACGGGGGUGCAGCGGAAGGCGCCGAAGAGGACACCGCCGCCAACACCACCGAGACUGCUUCCGGCGAAGGAAAUAAUAUGGCGGCAAGCAUGCCGGCUCCCCUUUCCUCUGCGCCCACAACGAACGCGCUGGAGAAAAGUGUGGGAACUGACGCCUGCUUCCAUGACACCCAUCUGCAUGCCCUGCCACCGCUUGUUCUGGCUGCACUCACCUACGGGACACUGGGCUGA